AUAUAGUUUUUGUAAUUUGACAGAGAAUACUCUGUGCUUUUAUUUUCCUGUCUGUAUUAAAUGUUUAUAUUAAUAUAAUAAUUAAUAUAAUUGUAUACAAUUAUUAUUAUUAAAUUUCUGCUUUUAACUAAAAUUUAUUAGAUAUGGCACAAGGGAAAUUAAAAGUGAAAAAUAAGCUACCUGCCGGAGCUAAAAUUAAAAAAGGCAAAGGGAAAGCAAUCACAAAGCGAAUUAAUGCGCCAGUACCGAGUAAAGCUAAAGCAAUAGAAAAGAAUAAGAUGAAAGAUAAAUUAACAAAAAUGGUAAACGCUGCUGCAGAGCAACAGCUUCGGGCGCUGGCUUCGAGCUCUGGAGAACUAUCGGCGGCUCAACAAAGAGCUGCGAAGGCACCAACUGCACCAGUGCCUGCUAAGUGACACUUAACCUAAAUUAAGAUGUUAAUUAUGUACAAAUAAAUGUAAUGUUUUAAAUAUUCAUUGUAUUAUAAUGUAAAUAUAC